AUGAGGAAACAGAGCGGCAAGGAUGAUGAGUAUCAGUUUGCAUAUCUAAGCCGUCGAAUCAACAAACUGGAAUCAGUGCUCAAGCUCCUAGGAUUUAUCAAAGUGGUAGGAGAUAAAAUGAUAGCCAGCAGUGGGAAGGAUGAGGAAAUAGAAAAAUCUCACACCACGUGUCAAGCAAUCGGUGGCCGUAUCGCCACUCCCACAAAUGAAGCAGAGAACAAUGGCACCCUAUUCUUUUUGAAGAAAUAUAAUCAAUAUGCAUACAUCGGCUUGAAAGAGGGACCAGUACCUGGAAUCUUCCAUUAUCAUAAUGGAAUUCCUGCACUUUACACCCACUGGAGGAAGAAUGAACCCAGUGGCAAAGGGCAAGAAAAAUGUGUGGAAAUGUACACUGAUGGCCAAUGGAAUGAUAAGGGCUGCAACCAAAAACGCCUCACAGUUUGUGAACUCUAA